AUGGUGCUAUCAUUAAUAAAAGUUACCAAUGUUAAAGAUGUUGACGCUGAUGCUACUAAGGAUGCGAAUGCUAACGUCAAAUAUGAAGAUGCUGAUACUACAGAUGUUGUAGCUAAUACUAAAGAUGUCGACGCUAAUGCUGAAGAUUUUGGUGUUAAUACUACGGAUAUUUUAGCUAAUGCUAAAGAUUCCAUUGCCAAUGCUACAGAUUUCGUACCUAAUUCUAAAGAUUUUGUUGCUAAUGCUGAAGAUUUCAAUGAUAGCUACAGAUUUUGUAUAGUUCAUGCUAUAAAUGUCACUGCUUAUGCUACAGAUGUUGCAGCUAUUGCUAAAGUUAAUGAUGAUAAUACUACGAAUUUUGUAGCUAAUGCUAAAGAUUUUGUAGCUAGUGCUAAAGAUGUCAAUGCUAAUCCUACAGAUGUUAUAGCUAAUGCUAAAAAUUGCGAUUCUGAUGCUGAAGAUGUUACUGAUAAUGCUACGGAUUUUGUAGCUAAUUCUGAAAAUGUUGCUGAUAAUGUUAUGAAUUUUGUAACUAAUACUAAAGGUGUCACUGUUAAUGCUACAGAUGUUGUAGCUAUUGCCAAAGAAAUUGCUGAUAAUGCUAAAAAUGUUACUGUUAAUGCAAAACACAUUGCUGCAAAUACUAAUGAUUUUGCUGCUACUGCAUUUGAUUUUGCUGCUGCAAUUGAUUUUGAUGCUACUGUACCAAUAACAUCAUCAGCAAGAACAUUAAUAGCAUUUGUACAAAUAUUAUUAGCAUUAGCUAUUGCUAAUAAUGAAACGAAAUCAAAAUUUAUAACUGAUAACAAUAAUGAUACUGCUACUGAUAAUAGUAGUGAUAAUGCUACUAAUAAUACUAGUGAUAAUGAUACUGAUAAUAGUAGUGAUAAUGCUAUUAAUAAUAUUAGUGAUAAUGAUACUGAUAAUGUUACUGAUAAUGCUACUGAUAAUGCUACUGAUAAUGCUACUGAUACUGCUACUGAUAAUAGUAGUGAUAAUGCUACUAAUAAUAUUAGUGAUAAUGAUACUGAUAAUACUAGUGAUAAUGCUACUGAUAAUGCUACUGAUAAUGCUACUGAUAAUGCUACUGAUAAUGCUACUGAUACUGCUACUGAUAAUAGUAGUGAUAAUGCUACUAAUAAUAUUAGUGAUAAUGAUACUGAUAAUGCUACUGAUAAUGCUACUGAUAAUGCUACUGAUAAUGCUACUGAUAAUGCUACUGAUAAUGCUACUGAUAAUGCUACUGAUAAUGGUACUGAUAAUGCUACUGAUAAUGCUACUGUUAAUGAUACUGAUAAUGCUACUGAUCAUGCUACUGAUAAUAGUCGUGAUAAUGCUACUAAUAAUAUUAGUGAUAAUGAUACUGAUAAUACUAGUGAUAAUGCUACUGAUAAUGCUACUGAUAAUGCUACUGAUACUGCUACUGAUACUGCCACUGAUAAUAGUAGUGAUAAUGCUACUAAUAAUAUUAGUGAUAAUGUUACUGAUAAUGCUACUGAUAAUGCUACUGAUAAUGCUACUGAUAAUGCUACUGAUAAUGCUACUGAUACUGCUACUGAUAAUGCUACUGAUAAUGCUACUGAUAAUUCUACUGUUAAUGAUACUGAUAAUGCUACUGAUCAUGCUACUGAUAAUCCUACUGAUAAUGCUACUGAUAAUGCUACUAAUAAUGCUACUGUUGAAACUGAUAAUACUAAGUAUAACGCUAAUGAUAUCACUCAAUUCUUAUGA